CCCAACUUCGCCAGCCAAAUUUAAAUAACUUCAGGGGGUUUGUUGUCGGCGCACGUCAAGGUCUCCUUAUAACCUUCGUCUCAAUUCAGCUCCAGUGCUCGUCACGGCAACAACGAGAUGUUAGUAGAUGAUCUGGUCUGGGCUUUGUUCAAGCACCACUGGCAGCACACCCUGACCUACUGGAGCGUGUUCUUUAGUUUCGGGCUGUGUAUUGCGUUCCUGGGGCCGACCAUCCUGGACCUGAGGUGUCAGACCCAGUCCACUCUGCAGGAGAUCACCUGGGUCUUCUUCGCCCAACAGCUCUCCCUCAUGCUGGAGAGCACCCUGGGAGGACUCUUCAAGAAGACGUCCUGCAUUUCUUCAUAGGACUGGGUGCGGU